CAAAAUUUGCUUUGACAAAAAAGCAAAAACUGAAUUGGUUAGCCUGAGACUGCGAGUACUGGGUGUAGGUGAAGAAUCGGCUCAUAUCGAACAACAGUCAUGGCCUUGAGAACAGUGACAAGGAAGUUUGGGAGUAAACUGUUACCCAGGUUUUCUCCUUCAUCAUCUCUAUUGCAUUCUCAUGCCACAAGCUUUGGAUUCAAAGAAGUACGGGAAGAAGAAAAGAGUCAAAUGGUUGGUAACGUCUUCAGCAAUGUUGCGUCAAACUAUGAUACAAUGAAUGAUUUGAUGAGUGCAGGAUUACACCGAUUAUGGAAGGAUAGAUUGGUUUCCAAAUUGAAUCCUUUUCCUGGAAUGAAUCAUCUUGAUGUGGCUGGUGGGACAGGGGAUGUUGCUUUCAGAAUACUAGACAGUAUAAACAGCAUCAAACGUAGAGCUUUGCUGAAUGUUGUUGAAGAUGAUUUAGAAGAAGAAACUAAGGUGUACGUAUGUGACAUCAAUCCCAACAUGUUGAAUGUUGGUAAAAAGCGGGCCUUGCAGAGAGGUCUUGGAGAAGACAAAUCCCUUCUAUGGGUGGAGGGGGAUGCAGAAGUCUUAUGUUUUGGAGAUAAUACAAUGGAUGGUUAUACAAUUGCAUUUGGUAUCCGGAACGUCACACACAUAGAGAAAGCUCUUUCUGAAGCUUAUAGGGUACUAAAACGGGGUGGAAGGUUCCUGUGCCUUGAACUCAGCCAUGUAGAAGCACCUGUAUUCAAAGACUUCUAUGACUUCUAUUCAUUCUCAGUUAUUCCCACCCUAGGAGAGCUAGUUGCAGGAGAUAGAGAAUCGUAUCAGUACUUGGUUGAGAGUAUUCGUCGUUUUCCUCCGCAGGAGACAUUUGCUUCAAUGAUUGCGGAUGCAGAUUUCCAGAAGGUUGAGUAUGAAAAUCUGUUUGGAGGAGUGGUCGCGAUUCAUUCAGGGUUGAAAGUUUAGUAUGAUAGAAGAAA